AUGUCCGUACAAGGUCCAGAUAAUAUCAUCGGUUCACUUACCUUUUGUCCAGAAUGUGGCAAUUUAUUAGAUAUGGCAGGUGGCGAUGAUGAUAUUCUACUAUGCAACCAAUGUAGCUGUGCUUUUAAGACAGCUGGUAUUGAGACAACUGAAGUUGUUACUACUUCUUCAGCACGCGCUUUCCAGUCACCCCUCAAGUCAAAGCGUCACUUGGUUCAACAAAGCAAAGAAGCCAAACAAGCCAGAGCUAUUAUUAAAGAAAAAUGUCCUCAAUGUGGUCAUCCCGAAAUGGAAUAUCACACUAUGCAAUUGCGUUCUGCUGAUGAAGGUCAAACAGUAUUUUACAACUGUAAGAAGUGCGGUUAUAAAUAUUCUGUCAACAAUUAG